AUGGCUCUCUCUCUCUCCGCUAAAUCUCCAACCAAAAACCCUCACAAAUUAUCCAGUAAACCCAAAUUUAAUCGAAAAUUGAUCGAAUUGCUCAAUUCUUUCGUUGCUCAGUUUGUGAUUUCAGGUAUACCAUUAGCCAAGUUAUUCAGUUCUUGUUAUCGGAUACUUUGGUGUUCUUAUUAUCUUGAACGCUUGACGCGAGUGUUUACCCGAAAGAUUCAUGAUCUUAUUGGAAUCCACACUGAUGUACCAGCACCAGAUACGGGGACAAAUUCGCAGACAAUGGCAUGGAUAUUGGAUGAAUACUCGAAAUUUCAUGGUCAUUCACCUGCAGUUGUUACUGGAAAACCUAUUGUAAUGAUACUUGCAGCUCCUGACUAUUUGUUUGUUAGCUGCAAUUGAUCCUAGCUUGACUAAUCUCAGGGCUUUGGGAAUGUGGGUUCGUGGGCAGCACGACUCAUCAGUGAAUUAGGAGGGAAGGUUGUUGCUGUAAGUGAUAUCAGUGGAGCGAUGAAAAACAAGAACGGACUUGACAUUGAUAGCUUACUGAAACACGUCCAAGAAAACCGUGGAGUAAAAGGUUUUCAUGGUUCAGAUGCAAUAGAUUCCGACUCAAUAUUGGUUGAGGAUUGUGAUGUGCUAAUCCCUGCAGCCCUUAGUGGCGUUAUUAACAGGGAGAAUGCAAAUGAAAUCAAGGCCAAAUAUAUCGUGGAAGCAGCAAACCAUCCGACUGAUCCAGAAGCAGACGAGGUUUGUUUAAGCGUGGAUCAAAUAUUGUAUUAUGAUGUUGUAGAUGAGUGGUUGUAA